GUUCAACGAGGUCGAGAGACACGCAGCAGAGCGAGCACCGAGAACGAAGCUCCCGCUCGAAGAGGCAGCAGCUACCGGCUUCUUUAGAAAAAGAAAACCAAGAAAAGGAGGAGGGAGGAAGGAACCUGACUCAGUUCCGCUGCAUUGUGUGCUUUAUUUUAGCGUCUAACUAAGGAAUGCCAAGAGAGCUGACCCAGAACAGGAUCCAAAAGAUCUGGGUUCCCACCAAAGAUGAAAGGCGAAAAGCUACCKGCGCUCCUCAUUUCGCCAACCCUCCCACCGUCAUUGUGAUGGUGGGUCUGCCGGCUCGGGGCAAGACGUACAUGUCCAAGAAACUAACCCGCUACCUCAACUGGAUCGGCAUACCCACCAAAGUCUUCAAUGUCGGAGAGUACCGCCGAGAGGCCGUGAAGAACUACAGCUCCUACGACUUCUUCAACCCUGAUAAUGAGUCUGCCUUCAAAAUCCGGCAGCAGUGUGCCUUAGCUGCGUUGAGAGACGUCAAGUCCUACUUGAAGGAUGAAGGAGGCCAAGUAGCCGUGUUCGAUGCUACAAACACGACGAGAGAGAGGCGAGAGCUGAUCCUCAAGUUUGGCAAAGAGCACGACUUCAAGAUAUUCUUCAUCGAGUCCGUGUGCGACGAUCCAAACGUCAUCGCGUCGAACAUCAUGGAAGUCAAGGUGUCCUGUCCGGACUACCGCGACUGCAACAAGACAGAUGCCAUGACAGAUUUUCAGAAGAGAAUCGAAUGUUACAAAACCAGCUACCAACCUCUGGACCCAGAUCAGCACGACAGGGAACUCUCCUUCAUCAAAGUCAUAGACGUGGGUCGCCGUUUCCUCGUCAACCGCRUCCAGGAUCACAUCCAGAGUAAAAUCGUGUAUUACCUGAUGAACAUUCACAUCCAGCCGCGCACCAUCUACCUGUGUCGACACGGAGAGAGCACGGACAACACGGAGGGGCGGCUGGGUGGCGAUUCGGGCCUGUCACUCAGAGGUCGACAGUUUUCCGCCGCCCUGGCUCGGUUUGUGGACGAGCAGCAGCUGAAAGACCUGAAGGUCUGGACCAGCCAGCUGCGCCGCUGCAUUCAGACCGCCGAGCACCUGGGGGUCCUGUACGAGCAGUGGAAGGCUCUUAACGAGAUCGAUGCUGGGAUGUGCGAGGAGAUGACGUACGACGAAGUGAAGGAGAAGUUCCCCGAAGAGUUUGCACUUAGAGACGAGGAUAAAUACUACUACCGCUACCCAGCUGGAGAGUCCUACCAGGACCUGGUCCAGCGGGUGGAGCCUGUGAUCAUGGAGCUGGAGAGGCAGGAGAACGUUCUGGUCAUCUGUCACCAGGCUGUCAUGCGCUGCCUGCUUGCUUACUUUUUAGACAAAAGUGCAGAUGAGAUGCCCUACCUGAAGUGUCCCCUUCACACGGUGCUCAAGCUCACCCCCGUCGCCUACGGCUGCAAAGUGGAGUCGAUUUCUCUGAACGUGGAGGCAGUGAACACUCACCGAGACAGACCGGAGGAGGUUAAGAGAGGUCCCGGCACUUUGAUCAGGAGAAACAGUGUGACCCCUCUGACCAGCCCCGAGUCCCACAUCAAAAAACCUCGCUUCGAAAACCUGGACGAGGCUCCGAUCCAGGAGCUGCCCAACUCUGUGGCCUCGCUGGCCCUCUGCAGCUCCCAGCACAUUCCCCUCUCUCUGACUGGACCUCACUGGCUGGGCAAAGUUUGCCUAACUUGAGAAGCUCCUGCGGGUGCCAGGGUGUCCGGCAGCCCUGCUUGUGAACCGGGCCGUUGACUGAAGAGGAGCUGAGUGGAAUAAAACGUGAAAAAAUAAAAUAAAAUUCUCAGUAUAUCUCACAUCGCUCUCGUCAACCAAGGAUGCCCCAUCACUGAGCUAUUAUUAUUAUUUUCCCCCUCUGCUGUAAGAAUAUCAGAUUUUUUGUCUUUGAAAUAUUUAAAACCUUUGGACCCUGGAAUUCAUUCUUGUGAUUCAAAUGCCUCUAGAGAGAAUGUUUCCUUGGUUUAUUUUAAAAUCUGACUGAUUUAUAGUGUUUUUUUAUUUUUAUCAUGACUGGAAAAGUAAAAUACGAUUGAUUUAGUUUACAUGUAAAUGCCAUGUCUUUUGAAAAAUGUGGCACAAUGUCAUGAUUUCUUUGUAUGAUAACAUGCUCCAAACCAAGCGAUAUUUUGCACAGUGGUGAUAGUGUUUUAAAUUUUUUCUUUUGGGUUUCACUAACUUCGUCUUGUCUUGGCAGUAAUUUUUUUUUAUUUUUAUUUUUUUGCCAUAGAGUGCCUGUAGUGCUUGUUUUGCAAGCCUGAUACGGCUUCUCUUGCGGUUUCUCUUAACGCUUGAAGAGAAACUCCUCAGCAUUUCACCUAAUAACUCCACAUAUCAUUUCAAUAUUUAACUUUUUUUUGUUUGAAUAUUUUUAGUUUCUUUAACUUUUUUUGUUUGAAUAUUUUUAGUUUCAGUGCCACAGUACAUUCAAUUCUCUUAGUUAAAAGGGAAAUAUUUAAUAUUUUGCUGUCAUUGACUGCUAUGCACAAAAUGAAGCAUCUAUAUUUUUGUUACACUGCGUGCUGUUAAUAAUAUCUCUGUAAAUGUCAGUGUACAUACAGUAAACCAGAAAUGAAGACUUGAUUAUCUUCUGGGAUUUUUUUGUACUAAUGGCAUGUCUUAAGAAAAAGGUUACGUCUCAAUAAAAAAAAACAUGUCUGCUUUAUAUACUUGAAGUUUUUUGUAAGACUUUUCAUUUGAUUCCUUAUAUUUAUGUAGUUUUGAAUGAGUGGACUGAGUGAGACAUCUUACUGCACGUCCUAUUGUAUUUUUUUUUCUUUUUUGCAAAUGCUGGACCAAUAAAGUCACUUCAAAAACAA